AAGGGAGAGAGGAAAUGUGUCUUAUCUAAAGAUCGAGUUUCACAUAAUGCCAGUUAUAUUAGCAUAUACUGCUAGGAUUAUCUUUUCCCGCCCACAAAUAGCAUAACCACCCUCCAGUCAUAAAAAUCAGAGAGAACUAAGCUGAACAGCACACACUCCUUACUUCCCACCUCAGAGCAGCUGCAUGACUUCCUGGGAAUUCUAUUGCAGUAGCUAGAGAUAAACACUCAUUUUUAUACAUAUAACCUGCAAGUCUCCAGUUUCCAUUCUUCCUCCCUCUCUGUUCCUUCCCUUCCCCCACUCUGCACCAGGAAAGCUAAACUGUGGCGUGGUUUAAGCAGUUUGAGGACUAAUCAGAAAGAGGAAGAAGAAUCGGUAUAUAUUGGCUAGCAAAUGUGCCAUGCCCUGACCUCUCUCCUCUUGAAAGAAACUUUCCUGAAGUGCAGGCGCCCUGUGAAUGGAGUGGACCAUCCAGAGUCUCCAGAUUUCUUCUGCAGCUCACUAUCCAGGGUUAGCUCUCCAGGGAACUGACAGGGUGGAUUUUUCUGAAGAUUUGCCUCUAACUUCAGGGAGAAAUCUCGGACCUCCAACUCUGACGCUUGGAAUCAGCAGCUUGAGUGUACUCUGACGUUGCAACAUAAGAACAGAGGCCACAGUAAGAAGGAAACUUUGUGAAGGUACUGCAGUGCCAGAAAGAGGCACAAAGCAAGCAUUCCUAGAGAACAUGGAUGGAUCUGAAAAUAUGACAGUAUCUUCUGCCAGUAAUAACACAUGCCAUGAUACGAUCGACGAGUUCCGCAAUCAAGUGUACUCCACAAUGUAUUCUAUGAUCUCUGUUGUGGGUUUCUUUGGCAAUAGCUUUGUGCUCUAUGUCCUCAUAAAAACAUAUCAUGAGAAAUCAGCCUUCCAAGUAUACAUGAUUAAUCUAGCCAUAGCAGAUCUACUUUGUGUAUGUACAUUACCUCUCCGUGUGGUCUAUUAUGUUCACAAAGGCAAGUGGCUCUUUGGUGACUUUUUGUGCCGCCUCAGCACCUAUGCCUUAUAUGUUAACCUUUAUUGUAGCAUCUUUUUUAUGACAGCCAUGAGCUUUUUUCGGUGUGUUGCAAUUGUUUUUCCAGUCCAGAAUAUUAAUUUGGUUACACAGAAAAAAGCCAGGUUUGUGUGUAUUGGAAUUUGGAUUUUUGUGAUUUUGACUAGUUCUCCAUUUUUAAUGUCCAAAUCUUACCAAGAUGACAAAAACAAUACUAAAUGUUUUGAGCCUCCAAAGGACAAUCAAACUAAAAAAUAUGUCUUGAUCUUGCAUUAUGUGUCAUUAUGCUUUGGCUUCAUUAUCCCUUUUGUCAUUAUAAUUGUCUGUUACACAAUGAUCAUUCUGACCUUACUAAAAAAUUCAAUGAAGAAAAAUCUGCCAAGUCGUAGAAAGGCUAUAGGAAUGAUCAUAGUUGUGACAGCUGCCUUUUUAAUUAGUUUCAUGCCAUAUCAUAUUCAACGAACUAUCCACCUUCACUUUUUACACAGUGAAACUAGAGCCUGUGAUUCUGUGCUAAGGAUGCAGAAGUCAGUGGUCAUAACCUUAUCUCUAGCUGCAUUGAAUUGUUGCUUUGACCCUCUCCUAUAUUUCUUUUCAGGCGGAAAUUUUAGGAGAAGACUGUCUACAUUUAGAAAGCAUUCUUUGUCCAGUAUGACUUACAUACCUAAGAAGAAAGCUUCCUUGCCAGAGAAAGGAGAAGAAAUAUGUAAAGAAUAAUUCAAAUCCAUUUCUACAUGAGUUUUAUUGUGAUCAAAAUACCAGAAGAAAAAUUUGAAUAUCCAUAUCACUCUCUUAAGAUGUGCAUUUAUGUAUAUGUAUACAAAUAUAUGUAAUCUAUCUUGUCCUAUGAUAUGUAUUUAUACUUAGUUAAUUGUGAGAUUUAGUAUUGUUUUAUACUUUCUGCUUUUUUAUUAGCAUGUUGAAAGUAAUAGCAUUCAUUUGCAGUGAUUUUUAUAUUAUAGUAGAAGCUUUGCUCUUAAAACAGACCAUUGAAAACAGCUUGGUUGUGACGAAAAUAUGAUAUUCAUCGGCAAA